UUAUUUCAAACCUCUCUCGCCUCCUCCCAUCCUGUGAAACCUCCGCGAAAGGGUGUGCGUUUUGAAGGUUGUAUGAAGCUAUUAUAUCAAGGGAGACACGACGAGUCACUACAGAAACAUGAUUGGGUGAGCAGCAUUCACCCAGUGUGUUUAAUUACAUCUCAGCUCAGCUGCCCCGGUGACAGCCAAAGUGUCCUAUCUCGAAAAACAGUGAAGAUGCCGCUUACACAAAUAUUACCUGAAAGUUUGAAUACCUGUGAUGCGCAGUAAAAAUGCGUUGUGACAGCUGGGCUGGUUCCUCUCAAGGUCAGAAUCGGAGUAACGCCGCCGCCUCACGGAAGAAACACCUUCAGGAAGAAGAAGAGGAAGAACGGGCGCAAAGGAGGAGAAGGAGAUGCGGUUGUCUCUUUGCCUGCAAUCACCAUCAGCAGUGACAUUUCUUACUAAAGAGACUGAUGGACACUAAAAAAGGAGAGGGUGAACUUAUAAAGCACGUCUGUCCGGAAGUGGUCUGCUACAGCAUUAUUUACUGAGGUAAAACGAAAAUAAAAAACUCUUCAGCAUCUUGCCGUUUCCUGCUUUCUUCCAGCGGCAACAACGUUCGGCGACGGUUUACCUGACCGCUGCUGCACGCGACGACGUUCAGUCACAACUACCUAACGUCAACUAGCAAAAAAAUAGUCAGUUGGUUCGGUUUCAGGUAGCAGACUUGAACGGUUCGUGUUGGAAUAGUUGGUUAACUAUUUCAACAUUACGUAGUUGAAGCCAGCUCAACUUCCUUGCUCUUGAAGCGGAGUUUCCCCCCCCCCCCCUUUUACAGGGUAAUUUCUUGUUGUUUUUUUUUCUUUCAACAAUAUUUUCGAGGAUGGCAACGCGAGGUCGGAGUAGCUUCUGUCGGAGUUUACCGGAGCUAGAACUGCUCCUGCUGGUGAUACUGGUGCUGCUCAAUGGCACCGUGCUCUCCCUCGAAGCAGCCAGCUCCUCCGAAAUCCACACCGGUGAAGGGAAUAACACAUCCAAGAAGCCUUUCCCCGUCAUCGGCAUCAUGUACGACGACGUCAGUGUCCCCUUUGAAAUUUCACUGUGGGUGCUUCUGGCCUCUUUAAUGAAAUUAGGUUUCCAUCUGAUUCCUCGUCUAUCAAACGUCGUGCCAGAGAGCUGCCUGCUAAUAUCUGUUGGCCUACUAGUUGGAGGAAUCCUCAAGCUAGCUCGAGAUGAGGUCCCACCAGUCCUAAGCGACCGAAUUUUUUUCCUCUGCCUCCUGCCCCCCAUCAUCCUGGAUGCUGGGUACUUCUUGCCUAUCCGACCAUUUGUGGAAAACAUUGGCACAAUCCUGAUGUUUGCUGUUGUGGGAACUUUAUGGAACGCCUUUUUUGUCGGAGGUCUCAUCUAUGGUGUUUGUCAGCUCGCACAAGACAAGUACAGCGAAAUCAAUCUCGGCAACAUUGGGAUUCUGCCUUGUCUGCUGUUUGGCUCCAUCAUCUCUGCUGUGGAUCCUGUUGCUGUGCUCGCUGUCUUUGAAGAGAUUCACAUAAACGAGCUGUUGCACAUCUUGGUGUUUGGUGAAUCACUGCUGAACGAUGCUGUAACAGUGGUACUCUACCAUCUAUUUGAGGAGUUUAUGGAGUCUGGUUUGGUGUCGGCAGUGGACGCCAUCCUGGGACUUGUCUCAUUCCUCAUUGUUGCGUUGGGUGGCGUCCUGGUUGGAGCCUUCUAUGGGAUCCUGGCUGCCUUCACGUCUCGUUUCACCUCCCACACUAGGGUCAUCGAGCCUCUUUUUGUGUUCCUCUACAGCUACAUGGCCUACCUGUCGGCAGAGGUGUUCCACCUUUCGGGCAUCAUGUCGUUAAUAGCAUGUGGAGCAGUGAUGCGACCCUAUGUAGAAGCUAAUAUAUCCCACAAGUCCCACACCACUAUCAAGUACUUUCUCAAAAUGUGGAGCAGCGUCAGUGAGACGUUGAUCUUCAUCUUUCUGGGUGUGGCCACAGUGGACGGAGAACACCACUGGGACUGGAUCUUCAUCACAGCGACUCUCAUCCUGUGUCUGGUUGCACGAGUCAUAGGCGUGGUGGGUCUUACGUUUGUAAUUAACAAUUUCCGGAUCGUCAAGCUGACCACCAAAGAUCAGUUCAUUAUAGCCUAUGGUGGACUGCGAGGUGCCAUUGCUUUUUCUCUGGGCUUCCUUCUGCACACAGAUCACAAGAAGAUCUUCCUGACUGCCAUCAUCACUGUUAUUUUCUUCACUGUCUUUGUUCAGGGUAUGACUAUUAAACCCCUGGUGGAGCUCCUGGCAGUGAAGAAAAAACAUGAGGCGAAGCGCUCCAUUAAUGAGGAGAUCCAUACCCGGUUCCUUGACCACCUGCUGACUGGGAUUGAGGAUAUCUGUGGACACUAUGGACAUCACCACUGGAAAAACAAGCUGAACCGCUUUAACAAGAAAUAUGUGAAGAAGAUACUGAUCGCAGGCGAUCGCUGCAAAGAACCACAGCUCAUUGCCUUUUAUCACAAACUGGAGAUGAAGCACGCUAUUCGGAUGGUGGAGAGCGGAGGGGGAUCUAAGCUCAACUCUUCCUUCCCUUCCACUGUUUCCAUGCAGAACAUUCAGCCCAAGAUCCAGUCUCCUCCUUCUGCUCGACCUGCAGAAAGGGCCCUUCCACAGCUGACCAAAGGUCGAGAGGAAGAGAUCAGACAAAUCCUCAGGACCAACCUUCAGAGGACACGACAGAGGUUGCAAUCCUACAACAGGCACACUCUGGUGGUUGAUCCUGAUGAGGAGGGAUUUGAUGACUUAAUCUUAAAAAAGAGGAGGAUGAUGGAGCUGGACUGGAAAAUAAAAGAGAUGACCAACUACCUGACUGUGCCUCAUGCUCAAGGCUCCCCAACUAUGAGCAGAACCAGAAUGGCUUCAGGCAGAAAUACUGAUUUCAUACCUCCUCAGCAGAAAAAAGGAAACAAACAGUCAGCAGAUUCACAGGCUUAUGUAAAGCCAGGUGCAAAAGGCGUGCCCAGCAUCCAGAUUGACCUGGCAUCUCCACAGUCUCCAGACUCCGUCAGGCUGUUGGAUGAGGUCGGACAUGACCAAGGCUUGACGAUGAGCCUUCCUUCAAGUUCAAGCAGAGCUUACAAGACUGGUGGGAAAGAUGACGAUAGAGAUCAUCAGAAACUGUUAAGGUGCCUGAGCGACCCGGGCCCCAGUGCGGAUGAGGAUGAGGAUGAGCCCAUACCAACAUAAGAUGCAGAUCUCUUAGAGAAGAGUUGCUGCUCCGGUUGGAAUUUUCUCAAAAUAACAAAAAACAAAAAUGCAAAUGCUGGAAGAACUAGUAAUAAAUAGCAAGAGAACAAGCCUGAGGGGAAAAAGAGCCAUUACCUUAUUAUUGUCAUUGCUCUUUAUUUUGUUGACAGCAGUAGAAAUUUACUGAUGCAACUAAAAUCUGGGAGAAGUCGGAUUUCAUGACUGAUGAUCUGAGAUGUUCAGGAAAGAACUAUGCAUUACCAAAGCUUUGGACUGUUUUAGUGUCAGAAAAUGUUAUUUUUAUCUUAUGUCAUUAAUGUUAAGUUCAGUGAGACAUUCAGGGCCUCUUGUCCUGAACAUAAUCAGUAAAAAUAAAUGUAAAUUUUUCA